AGAACUCUCUUAACCAUUUAGCCAGUUCUGGAAGUGAGCCCUUGCACUCUACUAAGGAUGGCGUUUAUUUGGAUCUCCGCGGUUAUUUAUACAGUGGGUUCGCUCACUACAGCCGCAUACCUGUACGACAACUUGAAGUCCUUGUUCAGCAUCAUCAAGGGUGUCCUGGCACCCUUCUUCCAGCCGCAAUUGCCAAAGACCUUGGUGGAGAAAUUUGGACAAUGGGCAGUGGUCACUGGUGCCACCGAUGGCAUUGGGAAGGAAUAUGCCAGGGAGCUGGCUCGUCAGGGUGUCAACUUGGUGCUCAUCUCGCGGACGAAGGAAAAGCUGAUUGCCGUCACCAAUGAGAUUGAAAGCCAGUACAAAGUGAAGAUCAAGUGGAUUGUUGCAGAUUUCACCAAAGGACGCGAGGUGUACGAGCACAUAGAAAAAGAACUGGUUGGAAUUGACGUUGACAUUUUGGUUAACAAUGUGGGCAUGAUCUUUGAACCCGAGACCUUUGAUCGGGUGCCGGAGGACGUGCUGUGGAACCUCCUCAUCGUUAACAUGGGAUCAGUUACCAUGCUCACCCGCAAGAUCCUGCCCCAGAUGAUUGCCCGCCGCAAGGGUGCCAUUGUCAACCUAGGAUCCUCCUCGGAACUGCAGCCUAUGCCCAACUUGACCGUCUAUGCGGCCAGCAAAAAGUUCAUGACCUUCUUUUCCAAGGGCCUGGAGGCGGAGGUUUCCGAGCACAAUAUCCAUGUCCAGUUGGUGAAGCCCGGCUUUGUGAGAACCAAUAUGAAUGCCUAUGCCGAAAAGGUGAUCCAGGAAGGUCUGUUUUUCCCCAACGCAUAUACUUAUGCCCGCUCUGCCGUCUUUACUCUGGGAAAAACGAACGAUACAAACGGAUUUUGGACACAUGCAGUUCAGUACGCUUUCAUGAAGCUAGCUCCCGAGCCUAUACGCACAUACUUUACUCAUAGACUUUUCAACCGAUUGAGACUCGUGGCCCUCGAGCAAAAGCAAAAGAAACUGGACCUUUCGUAACAUAUUAAACUAGCUAAGGAGUCCUAUAAAUAUAUGGUUCCUAGCCGUAAGUCUUUAUUUUAAGGCUUGGUUUUAAUUUAAAAAAUCGAAAAACCUUUUGUAAAAACAACAAACAAAUAAGCAAGCAAGAAUUUACUAUAAAUUCGACAUCUUGUGACAACAAAAUUAUAGAACUAUAAAUAAAAAUCGUUUUCAAGUUUAUAAA